AUGUCUCGCGAGGAGAGAGCGUCCCCGUCAAUGCCGACGCUGCUCGUUCUCGUUCUGCUGCUGCUAGGCGCGCAACGGGCCCGCGUUGUUCGGGGGCAGAACGGCGCUUUUCAAAUCCGUGGAUUGGUGGACGAGAGUCCGGGUCGCAUGCUGGAGCGGCAUCAGUACGAGCAGGAGGAGGCGGCCGUGCUACAGUCGGCAUCCUCGUUACAAACAGGCCGCGAAAUUCGGCGAGAAGAGCAUCAUGAGCAGAGAGUGUUCGAGGCGGGGCAGGGCUCGUGCGGCUUCCCCGACACGCGCGCGGAUGCGGACGAGUGCAUGGCGGACCUGGCGAAGUUCCCCGCGCUGAGCGCGCGCAGCGGUUCCGUCAGCGCGCGGAAGCUGGCGUGUCUGGCGCACAACUACCUGCGCCCGUGGAUGGGCAUUCCGGGCGUCACCGCGGGCAUGGGCGCGCGGGGCAUGAUCAAUCCCGCGAUGCUGCAGCAAAUGGGCACGAUGGCGAACGUGAGUACCGUUCCCCCAUACAUUCCCUCCCGCGCACAGUCCCCCCCGCGCUCCUCCCCUUCCCCCGCUCUCCCGCACAGAUUCUCCCCCGCUCCUGUCCCACACAUCCCCACAUCCCCUUCCCCUUUCCCCGCUUUCCCUCCUCCCCCCUUUUUGGACCCCCACGGCAUCCUCACGGUUUUUCCGAAUUCCCCUUCUCUCCACGUAAUUCGUUUUCCUCUCUGGUUCCACUCUUGCCGCCUCUGGUUUCACCGCUGCCCCCCACUACACCCCUUCAUCUCCUUCCCAUACCCCUACCCUACCUUCCCAAUUUUACACCCUCGUGUCUGCAUCAUCACGUUCCCCUUCCCGCCGUUCAUCCCGACUUCCCGCCGUUGUGCUAAUGGCUGCGUGCAGGUGCUGUCGUGCGCGGGGCACGUGCGCAUCGUUCGCGGUAAGAUAUUCUUCAGAUUCGGCAACUUCGAGUUCGACUGGUACCGCCUCAGGCGAUUCGUCUUCUCCGUGAAACUAAUCCAGACUCCGUGGGAGCAGAAGGAGAGUCGAGCUGUGUUCCGAGGCGGCAUGACCAAUUACAAGGUCAUCUACCCCAAGCAUUGGCGUGGCAGCCCUCGAUUCCGCGUGCACAGGAUGUCGGACGUUCGGCCGGACCUGCUGGAUGCCAGGGUAGUGGGACGAGUGGACCCUGAAUACCGUGCAGGCAUCAUUUCCCCCUGCAGUCUCCGGCAAGAUGCCAUCGCAUUCGGCAAGCGCCUGGGCCCAGCAGAACUGCAGAGCUACAAGUAUCAACUGGACGUGGACGGAGGGACGGGCAGCAGGCGUGUGUGUGGCGUGCUGUCGAGCAGUCAGAUGCUGAUCAAGCAGGCCAGCGAGCACACCCAGUUAUUCGACCCUCAUUCCAUUCCACCCCUCCAUCCUUCUCUCGCCCCUUUCCUCUCGCUUUCCCUCCCCUCUCCUCACCCCUUUCCUCCCUGCAGACUCCGCCAAGACUCCAUUUCAUUUGGUAAACGCCUGGGCCCAGCAGACCUGCAGAGCUACAAGUAUGAACUGGACGUGGACGGUGGCGCAGGCAGCGGGCGCAUGUGCGGCGUGCUGUCGAGCAGUCAGAUGCUGAUCAAGCAGGCGAGCGAGUACACGCAGUUCUUCGACCCACUCAUGUGCCCGUACCGGCACUUCCUGCCCACGCACCGGUUCUUCUCCGACCUGUUUGGGCAGAUUGAGUGGGCGAGGCAGAAUGAUGGCGAGGCGAGGAGGAUUGUUCGGCAAGCGAAUGAGCUUGCAAGUGACGUAUGCACAUUUGAUGGCCGGCGACUCUAUUGGGCCAUCCUUCUAGCCAAGUACUCCGUAUCUGCACUAGAGGACAACCGCAACAUCACGCAACCACCACUGUUCACAUGCACUGCGCCGCCCACCCAAGGAGAUGUGGAUGGCCCAAAGAGCCAGACGAGGAAGCCGCCCCCCAGAUGGCCGCCCAGAUGUGACAGUGUGGAUGCGAAGAGCCAGCCACCUUGUACUCACUACUGCAUAGGGCUUCUGGAGGACGAGAGCAAGUGGAAGUGGUUAAGUGUAGAUGCGCUUGAUGGUAUUGAGGUGUACAAACCUCGCAACAAGCACAUCAAGUUCCAGGGAAUUGAGCUAGCGGGGAAGUCAGGCGCAUAG